AGCGCAUUUUGAUUUCAAUAGGCCAUCUUUCGGGUGUUAAGUGUGCUUUUGUUGCAAGUUUUGAGUAGAGUGAGGGAAUGGCUGAACAUCAGUCUGCGCUGUUAUUAAGGAAGCAAUUAACCGAGCUUAACAAAAAUCCAGUGGAAGGAUUCUCUGCUGGUUUGAUUGAUGAUAAUGAUAUCUAUAAGUGGGAAGUUCUCAUCAUUGGACCACCAGACACAUUAUAUGAAGGAGGUUUCUUUAAGGCCCACCUUUUCUUUCCAAAGGAUUAUCCUUUGAAGCCACCGAAGAUGAAAUUUAUCACUGACAUAUGGCAUCCCAACAUUGAAAAAAAUGGAGAUGUUUGUAUAUCAAUACUUCAUGAUCCUGGUGAUGAUAAAUAUGGAUAUGAAAAAGCUUCAGAAAGAUGGCUUCCUGUCCAUACUGUUGAAACCAUCAUGAUCUCUGUAAUCUCCAUGCUUGCUGAUCCCAAUGAUGAAUCUCCCGCAAAUGUGGAUGCUGCAAAAGACUUUAGAGAGAACUACAAAAUAUUCAAGAGAAAGGUUGCUUCUUGUGUAAGAAAAAGUCAAGAAGAAGUUUAGGGUUAAUUAUCAUAGGCAUUUGGAUGUGUAGAACUACAGUAGUACUGGAAAUCCUGUAUGCUGUCUGUAUGAACUAUCCUGCCAAAGUAAACCAUGUAAAUACUGGAAGAAAGUCCCCUUGCAGAGCAGCCAUGACCCUGACCAGAACCGUGCCUUUGCCAUCUGACAGGAUGUACAGCUAACAGACCAGUUGCAGUUCUUCUACAUCCAACUGUUUUUUGUUUUGUUUUUUAAACUUCUUUAUUGUACAUUUCUCUAUAUUUUAAUUUGUUAGCAUUUAUUUGUUUUUGUCAUGUACAAAUGUGUUCACUUCUUGUAUUAACCAUUGUACUGAAAUGUUGGCAGUGUUAAUCUGCACACUGAAUACAAGUAAUUAUGAAUCCAUUGGAUAUGGUAGAACAGUCAGUCUUGUUACUUUGACACAUGUUAACUGUUAUAGUGUAAACUUCAGCAUUGGAAUUAGUCAUCAACCAAGCAAGGAUGAUACUGUCUUUAUGUAGACAGCAGUUCCUUCAGUAAGUAGAUGAUAAUGUUAGUAUUGAGUCAUACAUUAAGCAUCUUGUGAAAAUAUGGAUAAUAUCAGUCUUCAGAUCCCCAAUUUGUUAUGAGUAUUGUUACAUGUAAAUUACAAAGGAACCUAUUAAGUGAAUUAUUCUUCAAAAAGUGAUAUUAGGUAUUUUUACAUAACAGGUUAGUAAACUAGACAAUAUUGACAUAUAGUUUUUAUUAAGUUAGCUGAAAUUCAGUAUAUUUGUUUAAAUAAAAGUCCAGAGACACACUGUUUUGUGCAGAUUAUAUAUUUUUUAAACUAAUGUUUCUACCAUGUUGAUAUCAUAAGAUAAACUUUUGUCUAUUGUAUAAAAUAUUUGAAAGUCGUGUGAAAAUUUUGUUUCUAUUUAGAAAACAUAUAGGGUUACAUCUGUAUUUUGAUUUAAAUUAGUAGGUUUAGGUCAUGAAUAAUUAACAACUCUUUUGUUUCUUUUCAAAUAAUGUUGUUUCCAUUACAUGACAUUUUAUUUGUUGCAUCAUGUUUUACCUAUACAAGUGCUACUGCAUCAAUUGCAUUGUUAUUUGUAGAUGCUUCCAUUGUUGUAGUUGUUUGAAUAAACCUUCCAUAUAUGAUCUUUGAUUUAGUCCUCAGUCUUUUAAUGAAAAUAAUGUUGCUGUUUAGAUUGUGUAUUUUUUUACACUUGUUUCCAAAUGUUUAUGGUGUUUUUUGUUACAUAGCUAUGGUAUGGUAAGACACCUAUAAGUGUCUUGAGUUUGUGCAUUUUGUUUCCUUCUUGGAAUUUAUGGUGUUUUUCCUUUCUUUUCUGUUAUAUGUAUAUUUGGCUGAUGUUCUAGUGUCAGUUUAGGUAACAGAUGUUUGUGUAAUAAAGUUAUUGGAUAUUGAAUCUAGUUCAUGUUGCAGUUUACUACUACUACAUAUAUUAAAUGCUGUGUUGUAAAUACAAGAUAAUAUGCCAAUUUUUAUUGAGUCUAGUGGGCUGAGUCCCACUUUAUGUAAUUGUUAUCAUUGCCAGGUUUGUAGUAGAUUUUGGUGUUAGUCAUUAGUGUUUCUAUUGUUGUGUUCAUUUGAUUUAAAACAGUUUUCACUUUCUGCUUCUUAAGUGAUAUUCAUGUCAGCAUGAAAGUUGGUUACAUGUUGUAGAAAUGAUUGUUUAUGGUUAUCUUUAUAUCCACAAAAUACAUUGUUGAUGUAUCUAUGUCAUUGGACGGGAGGGUGUAGAGCUGUGUUCACAGCCUUUCUAUUUUGUUAAUUAACAAUAUGCAUAAUCCAGAUGAUAAGCAGCUGCUCAUGAUUAGGCCAUCUAGUUGCUCAUAAGUUUUACCUUGACAGGUAAGACAUGUUUUCAGUGCAAAGUGAAACAAAUCUUUCAAAUUUUCUAAGUUCAGGUUAUGAUCCAAUUUGUCAGAAUUAUUUUAUAUAAUUUCUAGAGCUAGGUUUGUUGCUUCUUCUUUCGACAUCAUUGUAUACAUUGAGAAUAUAUCGAAGCUGUACAUUUUGUGAUGAUUAUUAAGGUUAAGAUUUCUUUUAACCUUGUAUUUAUUGUUGCAAUGUAAUGGUUUAAUUGGAAGCUCAUAAUUAUAGCUGCCAGAAGUGGAAGGAUGGGACAGAUGUCAGUUUGUUUUUUAUGAAUCUUGGAGCACCAAACAAACAAGGGUUAGGUGUGUUAAUGACUCUUUAGUUCAUGCAAUAGACAACUGUUUACCUGAUGAUGACCACAUGAGUGGUAGAAAUGUUAUAAAGUUCAAAAAAUAAAAUAAUCCACUCAAAAGGCUGUGUCUCUUAACUUUUAUUUAAAGUAUACAGUGGAUUUCCUCUCCUUACAAUAAAUUAGUUAUUUGUUGGAACUAUAAAUAAUGGAUACACACAUUAAAAUAUCAUCUUACUGCUUACUUAAACUAAUAUGUACAGUUGAAAUGGAACAUCUGAUGAACGUGAUAGUAACUUGAUGUAGAUGGUACAUGACUGCUUUUUAGAGGCUUCUGAAUUUAUAUCUAAGAUAUAAAUUUUUUAAAAGUAACAUUUUGUAAACAUGAUCUUAUCAUAUGAUGUAUUAACAUGAGAUACAUUAUUAUAUAAUCUUUAAUUAAGGAAGUGAUUAAUACUUGCUGCAAUCUGACAACAUUUUAAAGAGUUUCAUAAAAAGUACUUUAUACUUAAAAACAAAUGAAUUUGCAGGAAACCCUGUGCUCCAUGUAACUGUAAUACUGAUUAUCAAUUUAUCUGCAUUAUGGUGUAUAUAUUAUAAAAGAAAUGCCAGAUUUUAGCUAUGUUGUUUAAAUUACUGUAAAGUUACUUCCACUAUAGUGUAGAAGUGCUUGCAGAAUUAAUAUAUCAACUAAUAUUCUAUAUAAUGCUGGUAGUAUUUUCAGAGUGUAGAAUUCAUCUAUGAAGUCUAAAACCAUGAACCUGGAAAAAUGUAGGCCCUCAACAUUUUUUAUUUUCAAAUCACAGAACCUGCAUAUGCACACAAACUAUGCUGCUUAAGUAUGCCAGUUAUUAAUGUAUUUUAUCAUAAUCCUGGUCAGUCAAGUUAUUUUAUCUGGUAACAGUUAUCUAAGUCAUUAUAUUUGAUGAUAGCAUAUAU